AUGCCCACCGAAGAUGGAGCUCAGUCUGGGCAACCGAGCGAGACGUCGCCUUUGCUAGGAAAGCAAGGUCUGAAACCAAUCGACCCCAGCGACGGUAUCGCUCCCGACAGUGCCAUUGCCAAUGGAGUCAUUGCAGAAGGAGAGGAUGGCGGAGACCUCGAACGCCAGACCAGCCUGGAAGAAAGACAGAAACAGUACGAGGGACAGCCAGAGAUGAGAAAGAAGAUGAAAGUCAUCUUUCCGGCAUUGACAAUCGGUGUUCUCCUUUCUGCUGCCGACCAGACCAUUAUCGUCUCCAGCUACGGCAAGAUUGGUAGCGAGCUGAAGGCACUCAACAACGCUUCCUGGAUCGCGACUGCCUAUUUCCUGACUUUGACGAGUUUCCAACCACUAUAUGGAAAGAUGUCGGAUAUAUUUGGGAGAAAGAGCUGCUUGUUGUUCGCAUAUGCUGUCUUCGGUCUGGGCUGUCUGUUCUGCGGUCUUGCUCAGGAUAUGAACCAGCUCAUUGCUGCAAGAGCCUUCGCAGGCAUCGGUGGUGGUGGCAUGACAACCGUAGUAUCUAUCCUGAUGUCUGAUAUGGUACCUCUGAGGGAACGGGGUACUUAUCAAGGAUAUGUCAAUGUCAUUUAUGCCUUUGGAGCCGGUCUGGGCAGUGGUCUCGGGGGUAUUCUCGCAGACUCGAUUGGCUGGCGCUGGUCCUUCCUUGGUCAGGUACCGCUAUGUGUGCUUGCAUUUGUCGUUGUGAGUCUGGUGUUGAAGCUUCCCAAGAGGGACCAGACCGAAUGGAAGCAGAAGCUGGGUCGUAUCGACUUUUUGGGUGCUGCUAUACUCAUUGGUGCUGUCUUUACGCUCUUGCUCGCCCUCGAUCGAGGAAGCAAUGUCUCGUGGCAAGCAAACAUCACCAUCAUCUCUAUCAGUCUCAGCAUUCCCCUCUUUAUCCUCUUCGUUCUCGUCGAGAUGAAGGUCGCGAAGGAACCUUUUGCACCGGGCCACAUCAUCUUUAAUCGCUCGCUAUUCGCCUGCUACCUCUGCAACUUCUUCUCCUUCUCUGGCUGGCUGGCUGCAUUGUUCUACAUUCCCCUCUACUUCCAGGCAGUGGAUGGUCUCACUGCAUCAGGUGCUGGACUUCGAUUAAUCCCUUCAAUCUUCUGCGGUGUCAGUGGCAGUCUAUUCGGCGGCUUUUACAUGCAGCGUACGGGCAAGUUCUAUUACCUGACUGUCAUUGCAUACACAUGUCUGGUUAUUGGCAUGACCUUUGUCUUCCUCUUCUCAGGGUUUCUGAUCAACAGCACUCCCGGGAUCAUCGUCGGCAUGUGUAUCUGCGGAUUCAGCAACGGUAUCGGCGUUACCUCUACCUUGAUCGGUCUCAUCGCCAAUGCUUCCCGCGAAGAUCAGGCCGUUGCCACCGCCUGCUCUUACCUCUUCCGCAGCUUGGGCUCUGUAUUUGGUGUUUCCGUCUCUGCCACUCUUGCCAAUCAAGCUCUUCGCGAUCGCCUAGCAGCAGCGCUCAGCAAUGGCGAUGCUGCUGCCGAGAUUACAGAGCGUGUUAGAGAGAGCUUGGCCUAUAUCAAUACUCUGGAGCCUAAUAUAAGAGCGCUGGUCAGAGCGUGCUAUGCGCAGAGUACGCGUGCUGCUUUUGGGCUGGAGAUUGGGUUGGUAGCCGGAGCUGCCAUCUCUGCUUGGUUUAUCAAGGAAAAGGCUUUGAGUAGAUAG